UGUUUAGUGUUUUUUAUUUUGGCGCUGUCUUCUACGAUUCCCAAGUCGUCAAACUGGUAAAUGUAGACAGUUGGAAAUUUCAAUAAUGUUUAACAAUAACCGAAAUAAAACUACACGCUAGUUCAGUUCGCAACAGCCACACAAAUUACACAUGUUUACUCAAGAAGAUGACAAUUCUGGAGAAUGACGUGAUACCUAUGCGCAACAAAUUGUCCAUAACGCAGAAGCAUUACCAGAAUGAUAGCUUGAAACGAAAAUUGUCAGGCCACGAAGGUAACCAAGCACCACCCAAGAAACCCCUGUUUGACAUGAACGGCUACCGGACCGACCAGCGCCGAAACGGGGACCUCUUCCAGGAAUCUCCCGUCUCCACUCUAUCCAACAUGGGCAAUACAUGUUUCUUGAACAGUGUAUUGUACACAUUGAGAUUUGCCCCAACUUUUUUACAUAACCUGCACCACUUGAUGGGCGAUCUGACGCUUGUGAAUACGCGCCUCAGCCAGCACAAGGCCAAAACAUCAUCAUUGGGGAGGAAUGUGAGUGCCAUCACCGGCCCUAGUUCCAGGAGCACCAGCAGCAAAGAUCUUCUGUCACUGGGAAAUUGUGAUGUGAUACCCAAGACGAAGGUGCAAAUUGUGACUGAAAAACUGCAUGAGCUGUUUGUAACAAUGCACAACUUAGAAAUUAAGGAAUCAACUGAGGCUUAUCAGCCAGUUGCAUUGUUGCAAGCUGUCAGAGAUGCCAACUCCAUAUUCGAAGGCAAUCAUCAACAAGAUGCUCAUGAACUGCUUGUCUAUCUUUUAGAUAACAUUAGGGAAACUUGUGAUAUACUAACGCAGCAGGUCCAACUCAACCCAAUGCUGUUGACUGAAACGGAGCCGCUACCGUCCAACAACAGCAAAUUGUGGAGCGUUAGGAAGUCCUGGAAGAAAAAUUACAAUAAGAAAAAGGACGGUAAGAACGUGAAGGAAUCGAUAAACGAGGAACAGGUGAACGGCACCAGCACGCCGGACACAGACGACACUGGUUCGUGCGACGGCAACGGCGAGCCGGUCAAGAAGAAAAUCGGCUACAACUUCGUGGCGGAGGAUUUCGAAGGCAUAACAUUAAGAAGAACGAAAUGUUCGGAGUGCGAAAGUGUGACCGAGCGAAAGGAGCCGUUUUACGACAUCCCGGUGCCGAUCUCCACGAAAGAGGACGACAAUAACGAUCUAACUGCCAGCGACAUAUACCGUAGAGCGUGUGUCACCACCGAAAAACUCUGCGAAUCGAACAAGUACCUGUGCGACAAGUGCAAGAGGUACAACGAAGCCAGCCGGGAAGUGCUGUUCGAACGGCUACCGAAUAUUAUGGUGCUGCAACUGAAGCGCUUCACGACGACCACGGCGGGCGUGCAGAAGGUGAACACGUUCCUGCCAACGCCGCUGGAGUUGGAGUGUUUCUGCGAGGGCUGCUGCAAGGUGCACGAGCGCAUCAAACAUGACAACCACAGGCAGAACAGUGAGCAGGAGAAGCCGAUGCAUCGCUACCAACUGUGCUGCGUGAUCAUGCAUCUGGGCGGCACCAUGGCGUCCGGCCACUACAUCGCCUACGUGAAGGCCUCCGAUCACCUGGACGAUUACGCCGAUUGUGCCCGCGAUCUGCCGAAGGGCAGCUUGUCGGCGAGCAGCAGCGAGAAGGCGUUGAACUUCCUCAAGUACCUCAAGCCGAGAAGCAUCACCAACUCGCUGAUCGACAAGAAUGGUCUGUCGUCUAAGUCGGUCAUGAACGGUGUGAGGAUGUGCAAGAGCGUCGAGUGUUGCGGCGUCAAGGUGAACAAGAACGUGGUCGAGAACCUGGUGAAUAACUACACGAGGAAGCCGAACGAGUACUGGUCGAACGAGGCGCCCCAGGUGGACGAUGUUUGGCUGGAGUGCGACGACGAGAACGUGCGGGCGAUCACCAGUCAGGAGUUCGAGGAGGAGCUGAGCUUCAAGCCGAACUCCACCUCGACCCCGUAUUUGCUCUUUUAUGCCAAGAUAACUGACCCGUAUAUUGAAUAAUUUCUGUUCGGACGGUCGUUAGUGAGUACAAAAAAAAAUGUUUUUAGUGAUUAAAUGUGAUAUCACAAAAUUAUAAAUUGAAAUGUUUACUGUACCUAUCUGGAUAAGUAUAUGGAAAUGGAGUUAUUCGUCGGCGUAUAGGGCGUCGUUUGUUUGUCUCUCGAAAUGCAUUGUUCACGUAUAUAUUUAUAUCUUUCUGUAAAUUAUAUAAAAUGAGCUUUAUCGGUCAUACCAAUAUAAAUCACUCUGUAUUUUGUAAGUGAAGCACUAGAUACAAUUGUUUUUGUUUGCAAAAAUCAUCAAUAAAUUAUAUAUUUUUAUUGUUACAAAGUAUUAUCAAAAUUGUUAGUUCUGUAAAUUACAUUGUAGCACAUUGUAACGUUGGCUAACAUGUUGUUAUUUCAUUAUAAUAAAUUAAACAUUCACAAUUUUUCUAUGAUAUGAAUAUUUUCUUUAGGACUGUUCAAAAUAUUUUAAAGCAGUGGCUGAAAGUAAGUAAAUUGCACUGUUUUAAAACACAUGAAUUGAUAUAUUUCUUCAUCGCAAUUUUUAAUUAAUAUUCAUAAAAUUGUAUGAAAAUUAAGUCAUACAUAGGAUUAUGAUUAUUAUUAAGUUUUUUUACUGCGUUUAUAGGAAGCAAUUUGUUUGUUUUUUCAUUGUUUCAAUUAGUAAUUAGUAGAGUACUUCUAAGAUAUUUUUCACAUAAAUGAGACACCUCAUUAAUUCAUUUAGAAUGUUUAUUUACUUUUAUAUUUUGAUCAGUUGAUAACGCCCCAAAUGAGAAUAUAAUUAUCCUUUAAUUUUAUUUUUAAAUUUUUUGGUCGCACAAUCCCCCAAAGUCGUAACCUAUCUAGUGUUUCAAUUACAAUUAAUUAAAUUUCUCAUGUAAAUGUAACUAAACUGUAAUUGAACGAAUAAAUUCAUUGUGUUACAAGAAAACUACGAAUCUCUACUUUGUUUAUUUUUUUUUUUUUUUGGAGUUAAAUUGGUAUGACACAAACUUUGACCAGUAUUAAAUAUUGAAUAGUUGAUAGAUUUGUGUAAAAUAUUUGCCUAAUUGUGUCGUUGGACGGUGCGCGCGUAACACUCGACCACCCGCCCGUAAAUCCGCCCGCCCCGUCGAAGGACCGAACUCGUGAUACUAGUUUAAAUUGAAUUCGUUGAAACAAAACUUAAUUCAUUAUAAGGAUCACUACAUUCCGCAAUUUAAGUUUUUUUUUUUGUUGUUUUGAUCGAUUUCACAGACCAACCGGAGGGAUGAAAAUACCCUCCGGAUUGUCGUCGAACGUUUUGGUGUCAUGUGGUGAUUAAAUGUUUCAUGUGGCUGGCCUAAAGCUGUUCACAAUUUGUACGAUUAAUUUAUUUUCUUACCUGCGAGAUUCGAGUGAUUCUUUGCUGCACUUGUUUUGUGUGUUUUAACAUUUUCUGACUUCCAAAAUUUCUUUGUUAACAUAGUUAUUACUAGUUAUAUCAUUGUUAAUCACAAAUACGAUUGAGAAUAAUAAGUAAUAAAGAAAAACUAUUAUAGAAUAAUGACAUACGUCUUUGAGAUUAUAUUUAUAUUGUUGAAAUUCUUAUUUAUGCUUUUGUAAAUUGUAUAUAAUGUAAUGUACAAUUUCCAUAAUCAUAUGAUGCAGCUCUGAUAUGGAUUAUUAGUCAAUGUAUUGUAUAUAUGCUGUAACGAGUAUACUAUAUUCAAAAUUGAGCGAGCAUCGCAUUUGUGAAUGUUUAAUAUUUAUAAAGCUAGUUUGUAUUAUAUAAUAAAAUUUGACACUUCAAUAUU